CUUUAGAACUAAAUGCAGAACCAAAAAAAGUACUCGCAUAAAAAAAACUUUAGCAAGAACAAAGGUCCUGCUUAUGGAUCCACACUUCCUCGUGCUAUGCAAGAAGAGCUGAACGAGCAAGAGAAAGACGACCGUAAAUUUAGUAAGAAGUUUGUCGUCAAGGCCACCAACCGUAAAGAACAACGAAAACAAAAGAGAGCAGAGAAAGGAAAGCGUAAUGCUGAACGCCACCAAAAGAAAAGACCAUUUGAACAACAACCAGUGUUGAAUCACAACAACAACAACAACAACAACAACAAACGUCAAAAAACAGAAGAAAAUAAAGAACAAGCCAAGUUUACACAAGGUACAAAGGCUCCUAAAGAGACCAAAAAGUCUACCAAAGAUACCGGUAAAGCCAUGGAUCGUUUAUCUAAAGCAAAUCCUGGUUUGUACAAAAUAUUGCAAUCUGACAAUUUAGUUGAGAAUAAGAAUUCUGUGCAAGACGAUGAUUUCGCAGAAGAUGAUCGUGAUAUUGCUUAUUGGGAAAAGAGAUUGGGACUUGAUAAAAAGAAGAGCAAGAAGCUUGGCAAAGAUUUUGAGGAAGAUGGGCUUUUGGAUGUACUGGGUGACCUUGAUAAAACAGAACAAGAGGAUGAUGAUCAAGAAUAUCUGAGAAAAAAGAGACAGCAACAGGCCGAAAAGAAAAAGCAACAAUCUAUGCAAGCAAAUGCUGAGAAGACAAUGGAUGAUCUCUUUGCUGAUUUUGAGAGUGAUGAACAAGAUUUAGAUAAUGAUAACGGAGAAGAAAAUGAAGACAUCGAUAGCGAUGAAGACGAGGAUAUGCAAGAUAUGUCAGAAGAGAUUGAAGAUGAUGCAUCUGAUAAUGAUGAUGAAAGCGAAGAAGAAGAAGAAGAAGAGGAGGAGGAGGAGGAGGAGGAAAAGGAAGAAGUCAAGGCUGUUGAACAACCCAAGGCUAAUAUAGUUUCCAAAUAUGUACCUCCCCAUUUAAGAAAAACGGCCUCCAGUAAAUCAGAAAUGCAAAUUAAACUUCAAAAGCAACUCCAAGGCCAAUUGAAUAGAUUGAGUGAAAGUAACAUGGAAAGCAUUCUGUUAGAGAUUGAAAAGUGUUAUGGCACUUAUUCUCGUCAUGAUGUGACAUCCACUAUAUCUGAAUUGAUUUUAACAUCCAUUGCACAAAAAUCCAAUUUAUUGGACUCAUUUGUGAUAACCUAUGCUACUAUUGUUGCCAGUCUUUACAAGCUGAUUGGUAUUGAAUUCGCUGCCCAUUUUGUUCAGACAUGUAUUGAAAUGUUUGAAAAAGAAUACAAGAAAUGUAAACAAGCAAUCAAGCGUGAUGACAACAAUACUGAAGAAGGGCCAGAAGGUUCCAAAGAAUCCAAAAAUUUGUUGACCUUGAUCCUUGAACUAUAUAAUUUCCAAGUCUUGUCUUGUGUUCUUGUGUAUGACAUUGUUCGUAUGCUUAUCGAUGAAUUAGACGAAAACAACGUCGAACUCUUGUUAAGGAUUAUUCGAACUGCUGGUCCUGAAUUAAGAAGUGAUGAUCCAGCUUCUUUAAAACACAUUAUUGAUGAUAUUCAAAAAGAGACAGCAAAACGUGACCCUAGUACCAUCUCUACACGUCAUAAAUUCAUGCUUGAAACUAUUGCCAACGUCAAGAACAACAAGAUCAAGCAUGGCCAAACUGCCAAUGGUCACGGUGACAGGGAAAUGGUUUCUAAAAUGAAGAAGUUCCUGAAUGGAUUAUCCAAGAAGCGUGCUGUUCGUAGUACAGAAGCAUUGCGUGUGAGUUUAGAUGAUAUCCACAACAUAGAUACUAAGGGUAAAUGGUGGCUUGUGGGUGCUUCUUGGAAAGACAAUUUGGUUGGUACAGAGAGCAAGUUUAGCAAGAUGCCUGAAGAUUUAAAAAAAGAUCAAUCCCUUCAAGAAACAUUAUUAAAACUUGCAAGAAAACAAGGCAUGAAUACAGAUAUCCGUAGAACUAUUUUCGUGACCAUCAUGAGUUCCGAGGAUUAUUUGGAUGCAUUUGAAAAGCUCAUGAAACUAGGCCUAAGUGAAGUACAACAGCGUGAAAUUUGCCGUGUGAUGCUACAAUGCACAGGAAAUGAAAAAACAUUUAACCCUUACUACAUGCUGGUCAGCAAGAAAUUAUGUGAAAUGGACCAUUCAUUCAAGGUCACCUUUCAGUACUGCUUAUGGGAUUUUCUCCGAGAAUGCGGUGAAAGCGAAGUAGGCGGUCUUGAAAGAAGUCAUACCACACAAGGUCUAGAAACCAAAAACAUACGUAUUAGCAAACUCUCCAACAUGGCCAAAUUUUACGGGUCUUUGAUAGCAGAAAAUGCGCUUACGUUAGCUGUACUCAAGAGUAUCAACUUCAUGACCGUGAAACGUAACGGUCGUAUUUUCCUAGAAGUCCUUUUUGCCAAUUUACUCUUACAAUUACAUAAGGGUGGUGCACAAGCCAUCGCAAAUGUGUUUGGCAAGAUUCUUGAGUUACGUACACUUGCUCAAGGUUGUAAUUUCUUUAUGCUCGAGACUGUUGUUCAUGGUAAACAUUCUGGACUUGAGGAACCUGAUCUAGAGAAAGUUCGAGCCAGUUGUAAAAUUGCGAGAGAAGUGCUUGGUAGUAAAUAGACCUAUUAUCUAAUUUUUUGUGUUCAUAUAAAGAUCCUAGACUCAUUUACAAUGACUGCCUUAAUAAACAAAGAAACUAUGACUUUAC